AAGGGGGAGGGGGCGUUGACGUGCUUUUUUCACGUACCGGCGAGAGGACACAACGACUUCAUUAAUCCACGCUUUGAGCCACACAGGUGUAUAUAAAAAAAAACAAAAAAAACAGGCGAUCUAAAACAACAGUUGGUGCAUCCUAAAUUUUACACGUGGCACACACAAUACUGUCAUUAUUCGCGUACAGCGUUAUCGUUUGAUGACGAUCGAUUUUACAUUUUCCCUCCACUUUUACAUGUCGGUCAAAGCGUUUUUUACCCUGUUUCUACAACUCCAGGAAUUAAGUUUAAAUAUAUUUCAAAUCAUACAAAAAGAUCAUUGACACGCGCGCGCACACACAAAAAAAGUGCUUGCGCGUAUAUGACAGGCAUUACGGCUCCGCGCUCCAAACAACAUGGCAGCCUCCAUGUAGAGCGUUUGUGUAACAUAGCAGGAGUUUCACAGAUUUCCAACAACUUAGUCUCAGUUUCCUGUUGGGAUCGACUACGAAACUAAGCUAAAUAACGAAUUUAUUUUUGUCUGACCAACUGCGUAUGUCUCGCAUGUUGACGAGGAAGCUGCUCCCAGUGCGGAACAUCUUGCCUCCGGUUACAAAGAGGACCAGUCACGUCCACAGACAGCGGUACGAUGUCAUCGUGGUGGGUGGAGGCCACGCCGGAACCGAGGCGGCGGCUGCAGCAGCCCGAGUGGGAGCGGAGACGCUACUGGUCACGCAGAAAACGCACACAAUCGGCGCCCUGUCCUGUAACCCGUCUCUGGGAGGAGUCGGUAAGGGCCAUCUGGUGAGGGAGAUAGAUGCUCUGGAUGGGCUCUGCGGUCGAGCUGGAGACUGGGCUGGGAUUCAUUUCUCCAUCCUGAAUCGCAGGAAAGGCCCCGCCGUGUGGGGGCCGAGAGCCCAGCUGGACCGCCAGCGCUACCGGGAGUUCAUCCAGGCAGAGCUGCUGUCCACUCCCAGGCUGGAGGUGCUGGAGGGCUCAGUGGAGGAGCUGCUGGUGACCGAUCCAAAUCCUGAAGAGCCUGGACGCCACAGAGUUACAGGGAUACGUUUGGCUAACGGCAGCCGCUCCAUCUCAGCCUCCUCUGUGGUUCUCACGACGGGCACUUUCCUGUCCGGCUCUCUCUUCGUGGGCCACACCGUUUCCCCGGGGGGCCGGAUCGGAGAUGCUCCGUCAAGCUCUGGUCUGUCCCAAACGCUGAGGGAGAGGCUGGGUCUGAGGGUGGGCAGGCUGAGGACCGGGACCCCACCCAGAGUCUUAAAGGACUCAGUGGACCUUUCUCUGGCCAAGCUCCACCCGCCUGACAGCCACCCGACACCGUUCAGCUUCAUGAACACUCGCACACGCUGCAAGCCUGAGGAGCAGCUGCCUUGCUACCUGACCUACACAACUCCAGGUGUGGAGAGAGUGGUGAGGGAGAGUCUUCAUCUCAACUGUCACAUACAGCAAGACGCCAAAGGUCCCAGAUACUGCCCCUCCAUCGAGUCGAGAGUGCUUCGCUUUCCAGGGAGAAGACACCAGGUGUGGUUGGAGCCCGAGGGGAUGACCUCCGACCUUUUGUACCCACAGGGUCUCUCCAUGACCAUGCCUCCUGACGUGCAGCUCCGCCUCAUCAGAGAAAUCCCCGCCAUGCACAGAGCUGAGAUCCACACCCCAGGGUACGGCGUCCAGUACGACUAUGUGUGUCCCACCCAGCUCAGUCCCGCGCUGCAGGUGAAAAACACUCAGGGACUUUUUCUGGCCGGCCAGAUCAACGGGACGACAGGUUAUGAAGAGGCGGCUGCACAGGGGUUGUGGGCCGGGGUGAACGCUGCCCGCUGGGCUCGCUCCCUGCCUCCGGCGGUGCUGUCUCGCACAGAGAGCUACAUCGGGGUCCUCAUCGACGACCUGGUGAGCCGAGGAGUCAACGAGCCGUACCGCAUGUUCACCAGCCGGGCCGAGUUUCGAACCUCGCUGCGGCCGGACAACGCCGACCUCCGGCUCACGCUGAAAGGUUCUCUCCUGGGAUGCGUGUCCUCUGCGCGCCGUGACGAGUUCCUGAGGGUGAAGCUCCGCCUCCAGGACGCUGAGGCCGCUCUGCGGGCGCUCACUCUGUCCCCGGCCGGAUGGAGGAAAAUGAUGCCGGGAAUCAGCGUGAGCGAGAGCAAGAACGGCUCGCUGAGUGGGAUGGACUUGCUGCAGUACAAGGACGUGUCCUUCGAAAUGCUGGCGUCUCUGUUUCCCGAGCAACUUUCGCCGCACAUGGAGUUCUCAGAAAGACUGAAGAUUGAAGCCGUGUACAAGCCUCACUGUGACCUAAGCAAGAGAGAGGUGGAGAGGAUUCAGAAGGAGGAGAACAUGUCUCUGCCGCAGGACCUGGACUACUUCUCCCUGCCCGUGUCUCUGUCUAAGGAAGUCCGGGAGAUCCUGGACAGGUUCAGACCGAGCACCCUGGGUGCUGCUACCCGUCUGGAAGGCAUGACCCCCGCGGCGGUCGUCAAUCUGUUGAACUACGUCCAGAUUGCAGAGAGAAAGGAGAGAAUGAUGAACAGAAGCAACGCGGGACACCAGGAGGGAAGGGGAGACGAUCUGUGUGCGAGAAAUGCAUCUUUACCUCAAUGAGAGUCACUCAGAAUGUAA